AUGGCGCGCGAUCGCUCUCCCUCUUCCGAUGGCCACAAAAGCCGCCGCAAAGCCAAGGCCGCGAGGCAUGCUGCCGACUCCUCUAUCUCCAAGGGCGACCGUGAAACCCUAAAUCCUGACUCGAAGCCGCGUGAUCCCUCUCCCGUCGAGAAGAGGAGCCACCGCAAAGGCAGGAUCUCAAGGAAUGCCGACGAUUCCUCUGGCUCCAAGGGCGGCCGUCAAACCCUAAGUCCCGACUCGAAACCGCGUGAUCCCUCUCCCGUUGAGCAGAGGAGCCGCAGCAAAGGUAAGACCACAAGGUACGACGGAGGCUCCUCUGGCUCCAAGGGCGAGCGUAAAAGCGUGAAUCUUGACUCGGCGCCGCCAGAGCCCUCUCCCGGUCAGCAGAAGAGCAGCGGCAAAGCCGGUGACCCCUCUGGCGACGACGCUGCCAUUGUGAUCCUCCGUGGUGCCGUGGAUUUUCGCCGCCUGACGGGCUUGCUUCCGACCAAGUCUAACCUGCCCGCCUUCUACGACUCAUUGAAGGGCAAACUUCACGAGUCCCUGUCGCAGGAACGUGUUUUUAAUAAGUAUUGCCGUCUGCGCACCAAGCUCAGCCAGGCGCCUUCCAAUAGCCAUGUACCGAAUGGCGGCCUACUCUACGAACUCGCCGCCGAGCUCUGGACCAAGGAUCAUAACACGAAGGACGUGAAGAAUGUUAAGAAGGAACAGAAGACAGAGAAGCCGAUUAAGGAUGUGCAGAUGGAAGAAAAAGAUGAUCUUGAGGAGAACGAAGAAAAAUUAGAUGCACGUCAAUCCUACCGAUAUUUGAUCGAUGCUGCAGAGGCUCAUUGGAAAACAUAUGGCUUGUCGAGUGCACUGUUGGAGGCAAGUCUGAAGCGGUUGGAUUCCGCCAAGGCCGAAGCUUUACAAGCAAAGUGGAAGAAGCAUUUGGAAGACGAAAUGAAGAUUGAGGUGGAUUCGCACAAGAUUUAUGGUGAUAUCUUUGCAUUUCUCAAUGCAACACAUAAGCGCAUGACUUCGUAG